AUGGCGGCUUCUCUCCAAUUUAAUUUCAAACCCGUAUUCCUCACCAAAUCCUCCACCAAUCAUGCGGCAAAAUUUGCUACAAUCCGCUGCUCCGCCUCUCCACCAUCCAAAAGCUACACUAUCACUCUCCUCCCGGGUGAUGGCAUUGGCCCUGAAGUCAUCUCUGUUGCCAAGAACGCUCUUCAGCUCGUUGCCUCCCUCGAAGGGAUUAAAUUUAAGUUCAAUGAAAUGCCAAUGGGUGGUGCCGCCUUGGAUUUGACUGGUGUGCCAUUGCCGGAAGAGACCCUUUUGUCUGCAAAGCAAUCUGAUGCCGUUCUUCUUGGAGCCAUUGGAGGGUAUAAAUGGGAUAAUAAUGAGAAGCACUUGAAGCCAGAAACAGGGUUGCUUCAGCUUCGGGAAGGUCUUAAGGUAUUCGCUAACUUGAGGCCAGCCACUGUUUUACCUCAGUUAGUGGAUGCUUCAACUUUAAAAAAAGAAGUUGCUGAAGGUGUGGACCUGAUGGUUGUAAGGGAACUGACAGGAGGUAUAUAUUUUGGCAAACCAAGGGGUUUCAGCACAAAUGAAAAUGGGGACGAACUUGGGUUCAACACAGAGGUAUAUGCAGCCCAUGAGAUUGAUCGCAUUGCUCGUGUUGCAUUUGAAACUGCUCGGAAACGUCGUGGGAAACUCUGUUCUGUUGAUAAAGCAAAUGUUUUGGAGGCCUCCAUGCUAUGGCGGAAAAGAGUUACAUCGUUAGCCUCUGAGUAUCCUGAUGUUGAACUUUCGCACAUGUAUGUUGACAAUGCCGCCAUGCAGCUGGUUCGAAAUCCAAAACAGUUCGAUACAAUUGUGACAAACAAUAUAUUUGGUGAUAUUCUAUCGGAUGAAGCCUCUAUGAUUACAGGAAGUAUAGGGAUGCUUCCAUCUGCUAGUCUAGGUGAAUCGGGACCUGGAUUAUUUGAACCGAUACACGGUUCGGCUCCUGAUAUAGCUGGGCAGGACAAAGCAAACCCUUUGGCAACAGUGCUUAGUGCUGCCAUGCUUUUGAAGUAUGGCCUGGGAGAGGAAAAGGCUGCCCUGAGGAUCGAGGCUGCCGUUUUGGAUACUUUAAAUAGAGGGUUCCGUACUGGUGACAUACACUCAGCUGGUUUGAAUCUGGUGGGAUGCAAGGAGAUGGGUGAACAAGUGUUGAAGUCGAUUGAUAGUUCAGUCCCUGCUGCUGUAUAA